AUGAAUAGUACCACCUGCUCUGAGCUCGAGUACAGCCCUGCCUUUGAGUACGGCUCAACUCAUGGCCACGAUCGCCGCAUCAAGAGAGGCCCAUCCCUCUCCCAACACCCAGCAAACCGCCUCACAGGGCCCCACUGCCGUGCGUACUCCAAGCCCAAAGAAGCAAGCGCCCCGCCGCCGCCUCAGGGCCCGAGAUUCCGCGACUGGGCUCGCGGCGGGGCUGAAGCAGAGCACGCUGGACUUGACGGGGUUGUGCGUGAAGAAGGCAUCGUCGUCAUCGGCUACGGUGCCCGCACCGUACUGGGCCUUGAGUCCUCGCAGGCGCCGACUGCGUCAGGGAGAGACGGAAGCGGGGAAGGUAGGGCAAGUGGAGGAGGAGGAGGAACAGGAGGGCAGAUCCAAGCUUCAGAGGUGCGCCCGGCGAGCGCAUCGCGACCGAUGGAUGUCGUAGAUGUCGAAAUGCUCCCACCCGAGCUGCCAUCCGACGACGACGAGGCUACGGCCCCAAUGCCCACACAACCACCGCCGACCUUAGCUGUUCAACACAGCGCGAUUCAGAGGGCGGUCCCCGACGCUGACGCAGAUGUUGACAUGCCGCCGUCGCCUCUACUUCUAUCCCCACCAACGCGAAGGCAGGAGACGCCGGACCGGCACCGAGCCAACCCUCCACCCAGUCCGCCGUCCGGGUCCAAACGGCGCAAGACACAGCAGAAGGAGCAUACCCAGGCUCGAAGUCCCUCGCCUGUGUUCAUCCAGGAUGAUAAAGAGCUUCGUGACGAUCCGUCGCUGAUACCGUGUCUGGAGAAGGAGGGAAAGGAACCUUUACUCAUCACAAAGACGGACGCUAAGAAGCUUUACCGCAUCGAGGCUAAGCAACUCGAGGACAUCCCAGUAUACAAAUCCUACGAGCGAGAGGUACCAGGGAAGGGCCCAGGCGAGAGGCACAACAUCCGCAUAUACCUCUACCGCGAAGGAGACGUCGAGCUUGCCGCGUGGCGGGUGUAUGGCGGGUACCGUCGAUUUCUGAAUUACCUCCUCGAACGCAAAACGGCGUAUGUUAAGCAAUACUCGAAGAAGAAACGGGCUGAAGACCUCGAGUUUCCUGUGCCGAAAUUCUACAAGGAGCCGCUCGAGGAGUUGGAGAGGGCAGAAUCGGCAAAGCUGUGCGUGCGUGCCCAGGAGGGGGGAGCGGCUCAGCCUGCCGCCUAG